AAGGACGAUUUUAUUGGCUCACGUAUUUACGACAAGUAGCGAAAUGUCAGUUAUCCCGAAUUUUGAUUUAUUUCAGAAAUUUAUUCAAUUUUAAAUUAGUUUAAUUUUUCCCAUACGAUGGAAAGUUUGCCCCUCCUAUCCACUCUGAUAACAUUCAGUAUUUUAUCACCGGUUUAUGCUGACAGCCCUUCGAUCCGUGUAGUGAAUGGAACAGAGGCCAAGUUGGGACAGUUUCCAUUUGCGGUUGCGAUAGUUCAAAAUUAUGGCACUGGAAGACCUAUCUGUACUGGCAGUCUGAUUACCCCGAAGAAUGUUUUAACAGCCGCUCAUUGUUUCAGGACAAGCGAUGUUGUGAAGAGAAGAGCACUCCUUGCCGGGGAGACUAGUCCAUAUAGACCCAGCUCUGAAAAGCCACCACCCAGUAAGCAGUUGAGGAAGAUUGCAUCAGUUACCAACCAUCCCCAGGCAUUCGACAAGGGUGGAAACACGGAUGCGGAGUUUGAUGUUGGAGUACUUGGGGUAGAGGAGCCAUUUAUACUAUCAUCGAACGUUGCCACUAUUUCAAUAGCAAAGAGAGCCCUUGACAAUCUUUCCCUAUGCAUUGCCCUUGGAUUUGGGCGAAAUGUGGAUGGACCCGACGGAGUUGAAGAAUCUAACAGAAAACUUUAUUACGGGGAAUUUACAGUGAAUUCUCGUAAAUGUGAUUCAGAAUUUUGGAAAAAAACUACUUAUUGCAUUUACAGCUCUCAAAGGAUAACACAUCAUGGUGAUUCAGGAGGGCCUCUUAUAGGCCGUUAUGGGUGGCAGAACUACCAGUAUGGGAUCAACUCCGCUGCUAUACGAAAACCCGACUAUAAAGCAACGAUUUAUACGAAUGCAGUGUUUCACAGAGAAUGGAUAAUGAACAACAUUGACCUUGGGUACAGACUCAGAGAAUCCGGCGAAAGUGGAAGUUCUGUAAUCACAUUCUUGAAUUUACUUCUAUUUUUGACAGGACCUUCAACUUAUAUUUCUUUCAACUCCUUAAAGCUAGCAUCUUCGGGUUUCUAG